AUGAUGCACUUCCUCUGGGAGAAUAUCUCCUUCCAGAUGCUCCUCAUCUUCCUCAUCGUCUUUCUCCUCCUUGCCGACUACAUGAAACGCAGAAAAUCGAAGCACUUCCCUCCCAGUCCCUUCUAUCUCCCUUUCUUGGGGCACACCUACCUGAGGAACUUCAGAAAUCCCCAAAUCAUGGUGCAGAAGCUUACUGAAAAAUAUGGGGACAUCUUCAGCGUGCAGAUGGGCAGCACAACAUUCGUGUUCGUAAACGGGCUGCGAAUGGUUAAGGAAGUUCUUGUAAACCAAGGGGAAAACUUCAUGGAUCGCCCUGAAUUUCCUGUUGACAAGGAGAUCUUCAACAACAGAGGACUGGUCACCUCCAAUGGGCACCUGUGGAAGCAGCAGAGGAGGUUUGCCUUGACCACCCUCCGAAACUUUGGCUUGGGGGAGAGGGGCCUGGAGGAGCGCAUCCAGGAGGAGUGCCGAUGCCUCGUGGAUGUGUUUGGGGAUGAGCAGGGGAAGCCUUUCGACCCUCACUUUAAAAUCAAUAACGCAGUUUCAAAUGUCAUCUGUUCUGUUACCUUUGGCAACCGGUUUGACUACCACGAUGACGACUUCCAAAAAUUACUGCAGCUGAUGGACGAGACAGUGACCCUCCGCGGGACCGUCAUGAGCCAGCUGUACAACAGUUUCCCGUCUAUAAUAAAGUUCCUCCCCGGAUCACACCAAACCAUGAUUAAAAACGGGAGGUUGUUGAAAAGUUUUGUGAAAGAGAAGAUCGACAAACAAAAGGAGGACUGGAACCCCUCGGAGAGCCGAGACUUCAUCGACAGCUACCUGCAGGAGAUAGCCAAGGACAACGGCAACAGCAGCUUCCAGGAGGAAAACCUCGUGGCGUGCGCUCUCGACCUGCUGUUUGCCGGGACAGAGACCACUUCCACAACCAUCCGCUGGGCUCUGCUGUAUAUGGCCAUAUACCCAGAGAUUCAAGCCCGCGUGCAAGCUGAGAUAGACGCCGUCAUCGGGCAGGCACGGCUGCCCGCCCUGGAGGACAGGAGUAACAUGCCCUACACCAACGCUGUCAUCCAUGAAGUGCAGAGGAAAAGCAACAUCAUCCCUUAUGUACCGAGACUGACGGUGAAGGACACGGUCUUGGAUGGCUUCCACAUACCAAAG